UUCAGAGGCUACACAUAGUUAAGAGUAUUAUGAAGACGUCGACUGCACUUAUUUUGCUGGUACAUUUGUCUCUCCACACUGUUGACGAGGGUCAGGCAGUAGAUCCAAGUUGUCGGUGCAUUCGCUAUACUUCAACAUAUGGAAAGGAGAGAGGCACUUUUAGCAGUCCUGACUACCCCAGACCGUAUUCUGCGCACGCCGGGUGUUAUAUGUACACAUUCAUAGCUGCUUCACAUCAAAUUGUCGAAAUAUUUUUCACUGAUUUCGACAUUUAUAAGGAAAAUCUUGAUUGUACACGUGGUGACUUCGUAAAGGUGUAUUCGGAGGUCGGUAUUCAUGGACCUGGUCCUCCCAGUAUUACUGAGUAUUCGAUGUGGUCACGGGUGCUCUGUGGUAACAGGGCGGAAGCUCCUCCAGCAAUUUACUCACAUGGACCUGUGCUAAUACUUGAAUUGAACAUAGGAAGCAAAGUAACAAAUGCUACCGGUUUUAUUGGCACAUUUAAAUUUAUUGACAGAAGAAACUUUGAAACCGAUGGUGUUCAUGUUCAAGAUACUUGGUGCGAUUACAUAUUCGAUUCUAAUCCAAACACACCAGCACACGGCCGUCUCUACAGUCCGAGAUAUCCCUCGAGCUAUCCUAACAAUAUCAGAUGUAACUAUCACUUUAAAGCAAGAAAAUAUGAAAGAAUUAAGUUGGUGUUUGAAGAAUUAUUUUUGCAAAAAGGAGAUGAGAGUUGUCUUAACCGUGCGGAUGUAAUCAAGGUAUAUGACGGACGAUCUUCCGCCGCACCCGUGUUGUCUAUUCUUUGUAAUGAAGUUGUUGGUUACGAAAUCAUGUCAUCUGGUCCGGAACUUUUCGUGCAAUUUACAGCCAAUUCAAAUGUUCCUGGACAAGGAUUUAAAGCGAGAUAUCAAUUUCAGAUGGAUAAUGCAAAUGCAGAUACUUUGAAAGCAAGCACAGAUGACUCUGGUUCCUCAUUCGGCCCUGCAGUGAGCGCAGCAACGUCUUCCUGUCAUCAAAUAUUUAGAAGCGAUAAAAGCAAAAACGGGACAAUCACAUCACCAAAGUAUCCUUUGUCGUAUCUACCGAAAACACACUGUCAUUACGAUUUUCUUGGCAGAGGACGAGAGAGGGUCCGAUUAGUGUUUGAGGAUUUUAACUUGCAAAAAAUGACAGGAUAUAGAAUGGACUGUGAUAGCACGGAUUCAAUAGACAUAUUUUUGUACGUUGAAGGUCGAUUAGAGAAAAUGGUUUCCCUUUGUAGAAACGAACUACCAAAACCUAUCAUGUCAAACGGUCCAAAGUUAUCGAUGGUAUUUAGAGGACUUCAUUCUUCUGGAAAUAGCAGGGGAUUUAAAAUAUCCUAUGCAUUUGUUACUGAUUACGCGCUCAAAUCUGGAAAGCAGCUUCUGGAGUACCCGUGCGCUUUCGUAUUCAAUAGCAGUGAGAAAGGUAGAGGAGCUAUUUCAUCUCCAAACUAUCCUGGAAUCUAUCCUCGCGAUACUGAAUGUAAUUACUUCUUCUAUGGCAAUCAAGAUGAGAGAGUCCGACUCCAUUUCACACACUUCGAUAUAGAGGGGGUUAUUCCAUGUAAAGCGGUAUCUGCAAGUGACUACAUACAAUUUUCAAGUCAGAUGGUCGAUGUAGAAAGUCCUAGAUACUGUGGGCAAUUAAAUGAGCUCCAUUUUACUUCGAAGAAUAAUUUUCUCAAACUAACUUUCAAGUCGAACGACCGACUUGACGCCACGGGAUUUAGAGCGGACUAUAUUUUCUUGCGAGAUUCAGAAAUGCAUAGUAUGACAAUGCCUGAAUUUGCAGAUAACGGCGCUUCAUUAUUGAUCCCGAUUUUGGUAUGGCAAACAACUUUUAUUAUAAAAUUAUUUGAUAUUGUUGAGAAUAUGGUGACACAGUAA